UUUUUGUUUUUUUUUUUUUGUUUGCUUUCUUUCAGCUUUUUCUUCUUUUCUUCUUCUUUUGAACUAAUGUCAUCGACCAAGACGGAAGACGAACUGCGUGCGCGCGUCGCAGCGUUGGAACAGCAGCUCGCAGCAGCGCUCGGCUCGGCCCAGCCAUCGACCACGGCGGGCCUCGUCAAGCGCACCAAGAUUGCCACGAUGAGCUCCGAGGUCGUCGACAGCAACCCUUACAGUCGCUUGAUGGCGCUCAAACGCAUGGGCAUUGUGGACAACUAUGAGCGAAUCCGUGACUUUACGGUGGCCAUUGUCGGCGUCGGCGGUGUUGGAAGCGUCGCGGCAGAGAUGCUCACGCGCUGCGGUAUUGGCAAGCUGCUGCUGUUCGACUAUGACAAGGUCGAGUUAGCCAACAUGAAUCGACUCUUCUUCCGUCCAGAUCAGUCUGGCUUUUCCAAGGUGCAGGCUGCUCAGGAGACCCUCCAAGGCAUCAAUCCCGACGUCACCAUUGAAACUCACAAUUACAACGUGACGACCGUUGCCAACUUUGCCCACUUUGUCGGCCGUAUCAAGGAAGGUAGCUUGACUGGUGGACCGGUUGAUCUCGUUCUCAGCUGCGUCGACAACUUUGAAGCGCGCAUGGCAAUCAACCAGGCAUGCAACGAGAUUGGGCAAACGUGGUUUGAAUCGGGCGUGUCUGAGAAUGCAGUUUCUGGCCACAUUCAGCUCUUGAUUCCGGGAGAGACGGCGUGCUUUGCGUGUGCUCCGCCGUUGGUUGUUGCCUCUGGCAUUGACGAGAAAACCUUGAAACGAGACGGUGUGUGCGCCGCAUCGUUGCCCACAACCAUGGGAAUUGUCGCCGGCUUCCUCAUUCAAAACACGCUCAAAUACCUGCUAAAGUUUGGCACAGUCUCGCGCUACCUCGGCUACAACGCCAUGCUCGACUUUUUCCCUUCGAUGGAGUUCCGGCCCAACGAACAGUGCACGAAUUUCCACUGCCGGCGCCAGCAACAGCUGUACCAGGAAAAGCUCGCGUUGCAACCAAAGGCGGACGGGGCAGUCGCUGCCGUGGCUGAAGAAGCUGUUGUUCACGAGGACGAUUUUGGUAUCGAGCUUGUCUCCGACUCUGCCGAGCCGGCUGUGGCAGGCCACAAUGCUAACGCAGGCUUGGUUGCUGGCGUGCAUCGGGCAUACGACGCUCCAGCGCCCUCGCAUCAUGCUGAUGCCGCGGUGACGUCCGAAAUUUCAGAAGCGGCAAGUCUGGAUCUGGAAGACCUGCAAAAGCAAUUCAUGGCGAUGAAUUCAAAGUGAUGUUUUGCAACAAUGGUUGCUCCGACUCGAAGCAGAUUCAGACCGCCACCGAGUGAUUCAAAAUGGAUGUUUGUUUUACAUUUCAAUGCUGCCAGAAUUUGUUUCAAAUCCGUGCG